GUUCCGUUAUACAGUAACCCCGUAAUGUUUCAUGCACAACCAGAAACGUUUCGGUUUCUAACUGAGACGAACUCACUUUAUGAGUCUUACUUGAGGAAGGCCCACUUCUCGGAUUCCACCAUUUCAAUCCCAACCCAGCUGAAGAACUUCAACCAACCCAGUCAUACCAAUAUUUCGGCCGAAGUUCCGCUUGUUGGUGUUAUUGAUAAAGGACCGGAAUCCCAAGCCCAAGCACCUCCGGUUCUUGAUGGAAUCGCUGCUGUUGUAGGGCAACAUGUCCUCUUUGGUAAAAAAAAUAGCAAUACCUCAUAUAAUGGUGAAAGCUCUCUAAUUCCGGAUUUCGGCUACGUUUCGGAGCGUCUUGGUGCGGCCGAAACUUCGAUAAAACAUGCUGAUAAUAAGAAGAGUAACUUUCCGGUGCAAAAGAACUAUCGGGGAGUGAGGAAGAGGCCAUGGGGAAGGUGGUCCGCGGAGAUAAGGGACCGUAUCGGGCGGUGCCGUCACUGGCUGGGGACUUUCGACACGGCAGAAGAAGCUGCACGUGCGUACGACGCGGCGGCGAGGAGGCUGAGAGGGGCAAAGGCCAGGACCAACUUUGAAAUCCCGUCUGUGUUUCCCCUCUCGUUGCAUUGUUCACCACCUUCUUCUUCGGAGGCCAAGAGAGUGAGAAGUGCUAAGAGGCCUCCCAAGGGUUCGAAAAGCAACAGAAAAUGCUCAGUGGUGACCAGUGUGGCUCAUUUGUUUAGUGAGGCUCCCACUGAUCUUAGAAGUAGUCAAGUUAAAAUUCGGAAUGUGGAGCUUGAUUUGAAGAUUGGAGUUGGAGUGAGUUUUAAUGGAAAUUAAGUGUUCUUAUUAACUCUUCUCUAUAUAUAGUUAGU